GCUGCGGGCCGGCUAGGCGACGCGCUCUCCUCGGAGCCGCUCACUGCAUGGUAGUCUGGUGCGCCCGCCGCCGCCUGCACCGCCACCGCCGCCGCCGCCCCGCGACGACCACCGCCACCCCCUGCCCUGCAGCCGCCGCCACCGCCGCCGCUUGUAUCGCCGCCGCCUCGGGACCGGCUGUAUGAUUAGGCCACAAUCUUCAAUGAGUAAACAUAUUCCUCAGUUCUGUGGUGUUCUUGGUCACACAUUUAUGGAGUUUCUGAAGGGCAGUGGAGAUUACUGCCAGGCACAGCACGACCUCUAUGCAGACAAGUGAACUGUAGAAAUUCAUUACUACUCCACCAAGAAGCCCCCAUAAGAGUGGUUAACCUGGACACAGACGUAUUGAAUUGAAAAUCCACCGAGCAUUUUACAAGAGUUCUGACCUGGAUGGGGUAAACCUCAGUGCACUUCCUUUCUAUUGCCUCAGUAUUACUGGAUUGAAGAAUUGCUGCUUCUUGUUAGGAGGUUCAUUUCAUUUCCCAUUACUCCCAACUUCAUACUCAAAGCACUGAGAAUAUCAAGUGGAGUAUAUUGAAGUAGACUUCAGUUACUUUGCAUCAUUUCUGUAUUCAAUUUUUUAAAUUCUUUCAUAACCCUAUUGAGUGUUUUUUAACUAAAUUAACAUGGCUCGAAUGAACCGCCCUGCUCCUGUGGAAGUCACAUACAAGAACAUGAGAUUUCUUAUUACACACAAUCCAACCAAUGCAACCUUAAACAAAUUUAUAGAGGAACUUAAGAAGUAUGGUGUUACCACAAUAGUAAGAGUAUGUGAAGCAACCUAUGACACUACUCUUGUGGAGAAAGAAGGCAUCCAUGUUCUAAUUGUUGAUGACUGGUUAAGUCUUGUAAAAAUUAAGUUUCGAGAAGAACCUGGUUGUUGUAUUGCUGUUCAUUGUGUUGCAGGCCUUGGGAGAGCUCCAGUGCUUGUUGCUCUGGCAUUGAUUGAAGGCGGAAUGAAAUAUGAAGAUGCAGUACAAUUCAUAAGACAAAAGCGGCGUGGAGCCUUUAACAGCAAGCAACUUUUGUAUUUGGAGAAGUAUCGUCCUAAAAUGCGGCUGCGCUUCAAAGACUCCAAUGGUCAUAGAAACAACUGUUGCAUUCAAUAAAACUCGGGCGCCUGAUGCUAUUGCCUUGGAAGUGGAACUUAAGACGGGACCUAAUUUGUCGUACAUAUUAGCCAACAUGUUGGCGUGGUGAAUAAGUCUGAUGAAGCUUCCAUAGGAGUAUUGGAAAGCAGUUUUACCAGGCCACAAGCUUGACAGAAUUUCAACCUCUAUGUUUGGGUUAUGAUCAACCUGUUUGGACACUUAGCAAAAGAUUCUUGCUGUUCACAAUUUAAAAUGUGCUUAUCAUUUGUACCAGUUGACCUUUCCUGAAAUCAUGCGGUAUUGAGUUAAUGUCUUUAAUAUUUCCAUGCCAGAAUCUUACAUGAGAAAUUUAGAAAGAUUAGGUGCCAAAAUACCCAGCACAAUACUUGUAUAUUUUUAGUAUCAUACAAAACCAAAAUUCCAGGAACUAAGAACACUCUAGACCUUAUGUGAUUUAUUCCUUCAGUCAUUUCAAACAUUGUAGGCCCUAUAAGAUUAUUUGCCUGCUCUUUUUAUGUUUACAUCUCCCACAUUCAUACCAGUAUACAUCAGGUUUGCUUUUACCUAUUGGGGUUUUUUGUUUUUGUUUGUUUGUUUUGUUUUUUUUUUUCCUUUUACCAAGUCUUACAGCUAUUUUUAUUUAAUAUCUUUCUAUAAGUCUUAUUUUUUUGCUGUUAUGGGAAACCUCCAUUUUGAAAACCUAAGUUUUUACAGAAGCACAUGUCUUUAAGUCUCCAGACAAAAAAAAAGCCUUACAGUUAAUUUAAUGUUUGCACUCUGAGGUGCAACUUAACAGGGAGGGCCUGACAAAAAUAAUGGGAGGGGGCUAUUAAAUAUUUUUAGUAAAAUGUUGCCUUUGUCUCGUGCAGAACCUGUAGAAUAUAUGCUCUUUAAUUUAGUAAAUAUUUUUUUAAAAGGUAGAGAUGCUCUGUUAUUGUAGGUAAAACAAUCUUAAUCAUAAAGUUUCUGAAAUUCUUGUAAUUUUUUUUCAUAAUUAUCAGAAGUUGUUUACCAACUUUUUGUUUGAAGUGUGAUUUUUUUUCUUUUAUUCCCAACCUCUUGCAAAAAAGAAAAAAGUGGGUUUCUGCUAUGAAUUGAGCAGACAUCUAAUAUUUUAUAUGCCUUUUGAGCUGUGUAACUUAAUAUUUGGAUACUUGAUAAUUUUGUUUUAUUAUGUAAUUGAUAAAAUGGUGAUGUGUAUUAAUGUUAGUUCAACCAUAUAUUUAUACUGUCUGGGAAUGUGUGGUUAUAGUUCUGUGGGAGAAAUAAUUUGUCAGUGUUCACCAGCUUGUAAAAACUUAGUGCGAGAGCUUAAACAUCUAAAUAAAUAAUGAAAUGCAUUUAUCAUCACUGAGAUUGUUUUGCUUAAAGUUAAAAAUUUGUAGUAAACAAUGAAUUGCACUUCACUUAAUACCAUUUGUAACAUGUGUCCACAUUUUUUUUUUUGACAAAUGAAGGAGUAAAUGAAAUCAGUAUUUUAGUAAUCUCAGAGAAUUGUUUUUAGGAUCCUGAACACUGUUUAAUACUAAACACUUUUCAUUACAAACUUUUUAAGGGGCAGAUAAUUUUGAACCAGUUUAUGUAUUGUGUACUGAGAAGAAACUAUGUAUAGUAGAGAAAGGCCUUGAUUUAAAGUUCACUUCUAAUUAUUAGUGGUUUUGUGCAGCUUACCUUCCAAGAUUCAGUUUUUCUUUUUUGCAAAUUCAUACCUUUAUAAAGAUUUUGGAAAUUAACUUGAACCCAAGUAUUUGGCACAUGAGCGCUUAAUAAAUGUUAAAUUUUUUUUCCAAUAAUCUGAAAUACUUCACACAUUUAAAGGGACAGAUGUCCUUGUCUUUAUAAAUGCAAACAACUCCAUUUGAGUAAAAAGGUGAUAUUACACUUUGUGUUUUCAAGAAUUGUUUGUCUUCAUGCCAGUCUAAAACUUAAUAUGGAUAUAUCCAUUUUUUAAAUUAGCAAGGGCCAAGGAAUAACAGACUUCUCUAGGCUCUGGUUCUUCAAAUCUUACAUCAUCUAUGAGUGGGGCAAGUUAUUUUACCUGAGUUAUUUUGUAUACUGUUUAAAAAAAAAAUACAGCAUAUUCUAGAUGAAAAGAUAAUUUUUGUGUAGUCUAUUACUGAAUAAUAUGUUAUCACCACAUAGCCCCAUAAAACUUCAUUUUUGUUGGGAGAAAAGAAGUACCAUCAUGAUUAAUGAAAAAACCUGUUAAAUUUGAAAAGUUGAAUUAAUUUGCAGUGUUGAUUGUAUAUAUUUGGUGCUAAAAAUCACUUUAUAAACAUCUGUACAGUAUCAAAUAUUUUGUAUCUUGUAAAUAUGGCUAGUUAUAGGAAUACCUGUAAUAUAUCCUAACCAAUCCCUUAUGUCUAAUGAGAUUUUAAGGAAUUGUGAGUUGGUCUUGAAUGCAGGAAGUUUACCAGAUGGUAUUCUAAAAUUUGGUUACUUGGGUUUGGAUAUCUUUAGUGGGAUGAUAUAUAGUGACUAGUUGCCUAGGCUUGUCUAUUGGAACCAUGUUGAUUAUAGUAAAUGUGAUUGCUAAAUGAUAAUGAGAAACUGCAAUCUCCUUUUAGUGGGAGGAAAACCUAGAAAUUGGGUGCCACUGUUCAUUUUGCAGUGUUCUGCAACCUUCAUUUGUUUUCUCAGUGCCCACUUAGGCAAUGCUCUCCUAUACCUACACCUUAACAGCCCAUCCUGGUAUGUGAUCACAGCUGAUCACAUUCCCCUUCAAAAUGAUGCUGUGGUUCCCAAAAUCUCAAUCUCUUGGGAUCUGUUUUUCAGUGUCAUUCAUUUGACAAAAAGCUACUGUUUGCCAGGUAUUUAAGAGUUUUGCAGACAACAUAAAAGAUGGUGUCAGCCAAUUCUGAUCACCAAAUUCUGAUCGAAAUUAGAGAAUGCUUUCUGUUGAGUUUCAGGAAAUGUAAUUUGGUGAGAAUACUUAAAAUGGAAAUAGCAAUAUACGGGGCAAUGAUUUCUUUUUUUACAUGUAAUCAAAUUCUUAGAAGUUUUAAAAAGUACAUGAAGAAUAGUAUUUGCCAUACAUGUUUAUACCCCACAUUCUUGAUUCCUUGAAUUAAUGUUUGUAUUUAUGUGCUUUCUUAAACCUGAAUUGAAAUUAAAGACUGGUUUAAAAGUG